AUGUCCCAACCAACACCAGUUCCUCCUAGUACCUCCCAAAGUGCAACUGCACCACCCCCGCGACGAGGUCCAGCAUUAGUCGCGACAAACUCAGUGACGACAAAAGAUGGACUGACUGUCCGUGCGAGGAUUGAUCCCACACUGGUCAGUACUCAGAAUGACAUCUCCGUAGAUACCAACCUGACCUCCGAUGCACAGUCUGUCGCAGACGUGAUCAAACAGCUAUGUCUCAAUCUCAAGAUUUCCGGAAACCCCAUGCUUUAUGCCCUACGAGACGCCGGAGAAGGAGACGAGUUGGUGACCGAUGAAAAUCUAAGGAAAAAGAUCAGGGACAAAGCACCCUUAAA